CUGGAGAGGGAAAAGGAGCGGCGGCGAGAAAAUGAGCCAGGAGCAAUUCCCGAGCCCGGGAGCAGCCUUCGGGGUGUUCAUUGCAUGGGGCUGAGGGACAAGGUGCAGGGACCAUGGCCCAGCUCGCAGGGACCUGGAAAGACAAGGGCACAGUGGCUGUUUGGGGAGCAGAGCCGAGCGAUCCCGUCCCUGCUCCAGCUCUGGCGCAGACAGCCUGAAGGCUCCUGCAGCCCCAUGUCAAGGUUGACCACAGGGUUCCCGAUGGGCACCCCCCUUCUGCCCAGACCCCAGAUGCGGCCAUAACCACGAUGUCUUUGCUGGGUGCAGGAGCAGACCGUGCUGAGCCCCAAACCCCCUGCCUGGAAGGAUGCUCAUCACCGCGCUCCCUCCUGUCUUCUCCUCCUGCAUCCCAAAUGCUCCAACCCACCGGUGACCCCGGUGCUGCCACGUUUGAGCUUGUCACUGCUGUGCUCAGCCCUGGGGUGCUUUGAUGCCUGGCGGUCCAGCGGCCCCUGCAGCAGCCCCCCCAAGCUUCCCAUCCAUCCCGGUGCCAGCUGGCCCUGCUAUAGGAUUAGGUGGGAGCAUGUGGGGAAAACACAGAGCAUCCCUCCGGAUCAAACGCCCACAGGGCAGCGGGGAGGGGGGGUUUAAUUCAUCCGGCACCGGGGCCAGGGAGAGCACAGAGCUGCUGUUUAUGGGCUAUAGGAGGGAGGUCGGGGGAGUCAGUCAGGUGAGGACGAGGUAUGAGGGGAGGCAGGGAUGGAGCCGCGCUUGUGACAGCCGGUGCCGAGCGCUCGCGAGCAUCCUCCUCCCGCCGAGAUGCAGCAGGGCCGACCCUCGCUCUGCUGCAUCUCCUCCAUCCGCAGCUCGCAGGGACCACCCGAGCCAGCCGCUGCCGCUCACUUCAGCUUCUGCCGCAGCCUCCUGGAGCACACGGUGUCGGCCGAGAACCUGAGCUACCGCCUGCAGCGGGCGGCGGGCAGCAGCCUCACCUGGCACGACGGCCGGAGCCAGCGGCCCGAUGGCGGCCGCACCGUCAAGCUCCUGCGGCAGCCGGGCACCGAGGGCUCGCAGGGCCGUGCCUGUGACCACUAUGGCAUCUACCACACCAGCCCCACGCUGGGCAGCCUGGCCAAGCCGGUGGUGCUGUGGACCCAGCAGGAUGUGUGCAAAUGGCUGAAGAAGCACUGCCCGCACAACUAUCUCAUCUACGUGGAGGCCUUCUCCCACCACGCCAUCACGGGUCGGGCGCUGCUGCGGCUGAAUGGGGAGAAGCUGCAGCGCAUGGGCAUCGCUCCCGAGGCGCAGCGCCAGGAGGUCCUGCAGCAGGUCCUGCAGCUCCAAGUGCGCGAGGAGGUCCGGAACCUGCAGCUGCUCAGCCAAGCUUCUUUUGGGAAUGUCUCCUAGCUGCUCCGUCCUUUUGGCAGAUUGCACCAACACUGUGACCCUGGGAUGGGCUGUGCAGCGCCGGCACCAGACCUGAGCCAUGUGCCUGGAAUACCAAGAGGCAGCUUCCGACCCGCUCCGGGCCUUCUCCUCCUUCUUCCGUCUCUUUCUGCCGUACAAACACAUCUGGGUGCAGCGAUGGAUGGUUUCCUCCAGCAGGAUCUUGGCUGGAGCAGAAGCAGCCAACCUGCCAUUGGGAUGAACUCGUGCCCACCUGAGGCUGAUGGAUCACAUGGAAAGAGAUGGGAAUAAGGAGAUGAGGACAGGCAGGGCUCAGCAUCAUGGGCAACCUGAGUGUGGAUGCUCCCGGAGUGGCUCAGAGCCAUACACAGGACUGUGAAGCAUUAUGCACAUAUCCCAGCACCCGGUGGCUCGUGUCCAUACCUUGGAGCUUAUAUAGGGAGCUUCAGUUGUCUCUUCUGGGCUGCCUUCCAGUGUCCUAGGAGGUAACCUAUCAGCAGCAGAUGAGGUGACAGGAGCAGCCACCAGCACCCAGCUCCUCUUAGGGAGAUGGAAAGGGACUCGAGUCAUCGGAGCUGGAAAAUGCAGGAGCAAAGGCAGGAUGGAUCCCAGGAGCUCAUCCUUCAUCUGGCCUCAUGUGCGGGCAGACUGGGGGGGAUAAUGCAGGGAUUGGGUGCUGUGGGGUGAGGUUGGGGACUCCAGGGUGCCAGGUC